AUAUAUAGAAAAAUUAUUCAUGUUACCAGAAAACAUAUGAAGUUGGAUUUAUCACUGAGCACCUUUGUAGUGCUGUGACAGUUCUCAGGGUACCCAGGACUCAGAGUGUUGUGUGUGUCUAUUCAUAGAUAGGGCAAACCCGUAUCUUGUUGUAAUGUUCCUUUUUCAUCUCCAAGUGGUUUAGAUUGUUUGCAGUUCUCUCUGAUGGUUUUCCAUUAAUUGCUUUAGGAUGAACAACUGAACCUUGCAGUACAUCACCACCUAACCAGAUAGGGGUGACAACUGCCUCCUGCUUGAAUGGGUCACUGAGACAUCAUAUCCCCUGGGACUAACUUUUACUCCAGGAACGUAAAGCAUACUUUUAACAUAAUUAUAUUAUUCUUUAAAUAUCCAUACAUAUAGCCACAAUGAUUAUGAGUCCUGAUAAAUUGCAAACUUUCUGUAGAUACCUUACAUCAGGAGUGGCAACCUUCAGCACGCAGCCCAUCAGAAUAAUCUGCUGACAGGCCACGAGACAUUUUGUUUACAUUGACCGUCCGCAGGCACAGCCCCCAUCUUAAUUUUUAAAAAUCUUUGCAAUGUGAAAGACCUACACAAAUAAUAGGAGGAAUUGACUAACUGAUUUUAGAAGGAAAACAGUGAAUCUGUCUAUACACAAAGUACUGUCCAACACAACAAAAAACCAAACUGCAAAAAAGAGGCAAAUAUUUAUUUUCUCCCAUCUGUUACAGUAUUAAAAGUUACUCUUCUCUGAAGUAAAGAUGACAGGCUCUGGUAAUCCAUUCUUCUGUAACUUCCAGACCAGACCUCUGGACAUGCUCAACAUACUGACCAGAAGGGCUAUACAAAAGCUGCAAAUGGUCUGUGAUGAUGCAGUUCCCACCUACAUUGGAGAGAGAAACUGGAGAGAGCACAUCAUCAUAACAGUAUACCGCACUCUGCAAUGGCUCCAAUCCAAUUGCAGAUGAUGUUUCUGAUCUUCAGAGUCCCUGUCUGGAUCUUAUUUAUCUGUAUCACUUGACUACAAUAGCAAUCAUUGUGGGUUCUGCUGAGUAGCUGAUGGUUCCCAGGAUCAAAUGUGCACUGGCAAAGUCUAUUUCUACCAAAGAGAUCAUCAUCACACUCACCCCAUUACUAAAAUGACCUAAGAGCAACUUGUUUGCAGUGUUGUAGCUGUGUUGGUCCCAGGAUAUUAGAGAAAGGUGGGUGCAGUAAUAUCUUUCACAGGAUCAACCUCUCUUGGUGAAAGAGCAAACAGUACUAUGCACUAACUAGCAGUCAUCUCCCUUUUCCUGCCUGCAUUACAGUUGUCCCUGGCAGAGAGACAUCCCCCACUGUUUUUGCUCUAGGAAGCAGGUGUACUUCGUUAUCAUUUAUCUAUUGGGAAAACAUCACUUUCACCUAUUUACCUAAUAUACAGACAUUCAGUUCAGCUUUCCUAAUUGCCAAAUGGCUAAUGUUCACAACUCCUCUGGCAAACAAGCAGGAAUUCCUUAAAUGUAAUCUUCCAUCCUAACCUUUCUUAAUGAGUUAUCUUCCAAUAUUAAAUAGAAAACUCCUCUGUUUCAAUGUGUCAUUGCAAAAGGAGGCAAAGCUUACAUAAGAACUUUGAAUAUAAAACAUUUUUUUGUAAUGUAAUUUUGGGUUAAUUUUGUGCAAUUGAAGGAAUGUUGUAUGGACCACAACCAAGCAAGUGGACAGACAACACACAAACUUCUCUAAAGCAGCUCUGCAAAUGUACAGCACCCAUGCUAAUGCUAUGCUAGGAUUCUCUGGAACUGGAACUAUCAGUGAUGCUAAAUUGGGCAAAAUUGUCUAGUGUUUUUCUGAUGUGGACAAAGGCUGACUAAGGGCUAAAAUGAGACCACAGAACUCAUGACACUUGUGAACCAAUCAGGAUUUGAAACCAGGUUUUGUAAAGGCAAAAGGGUAGCUAAAAGAACAAUUAAUGAGACCAUUAAAACUAGGGAGUGAGGGGAAAACUCAUCCCUUCCAAGCACAGAAAACAUUUAUGUGACAUGUGGUAGAGCAGUUCCUCAUCAGAUAGCUGUGGUCUUGCUGAGCUCCUGAGAGCAUAUGGUGCUCAGCCUUUGCUAGGGUUAAGAUAGGAUGUGACAAGUGCUUGGUCCCUGCAUGGAUGUGAGUGAAAAUUUGCAUGGACGUGAGAGAAAUUUUCAAUUUUCCAUUAGGAAAACUGAAAUGAUGGUCCCCAGGCCACCUGCCUGCAGCACUCUUAUCAAUUUCACCUUCUCCUUGCAGGCAGAAAACUUCCAUUUCAGUUCUUCCCGAAGACAUCGUUUUGGAAUUUCUCUCCAGCCAAAAAAUUUUGAGGUUUUUAUUUUUUGUCCCGAUUUGGGAUGACAAUUUUUCUUAAGCUUUGAAACGUUCAGCAGACCGAACCUUGUGUUUUCCUCCCAGCGGGGCUGGAGACAGUAGCGUGGACUCAGGCCGGGGAUGGUGAGGGUGACGAGGGCCGGCCCCUCACUGGCCCGGGACGAAGGAGGGGCGGGUGAGGGUCCCAAUCGGCUCUCGCGGGGGUGGGGGUGACGCACGCCUGAAUCUCAUUGGCGGUCAGCGCUCGGCUCUGGGGCAGCAGCGCAGGCGCAGAGGCAAGCAUGAGCCCAUGCCUCGCCCCGCACGGGACCGCGUGCUGGUGACGAGGUGAACGGGUCACGCGCGCACCAACGGGCGUGGCUCGGCUUCGCAGUCUCGUUCCGACUCUCAAAGCACACGUCAUUACCCACGCCCCUCGCUAGACGCUCCGCCCUCUACCCCACCUCCUGCUGUGCACAUGCCUGUGGGUUUCCGGAUCCGGGGCAGCCAACCACCACCGUUUAGUUCCGGGUGCGCAGGCGCUGUGGCCGUUGCCCAGGCCGCUCCGCUCUCGCUAUGAAGAUCACGCGGCAGAAACAUGCCAAGAAAUAUAUGAGCUUCUACAAGUACAACUUCGGCUUCCGGGAGCCCUUCCAGGUGCUGCUGGACGGGACUUUCUGCCAGGCCGCGCUACGCAACAAGAUCCAGAUCCGCGACCAGCUGCCCGGCUACCUGGCCGGGGCCACGCAGCUCUGCACCACCCGAUGUGUUCUAAAAGAAUUGGAGUCAUUGGGGAAGGAACUUUAUGGAGCAAAGCUAAUUGCCCAAAGAUUUCAAGUUCGAAACUGUUCCCACUUCAAAGAUCCAGUGAGUGGCUCAGCAUGUCUAUUGUCCAUGAUUGAAGAGGGUAAUCCUCAUCACUAUUUCGUUGCUACGCAGGACCAGGAUUUGGCAACAAAAGUGAAGAAAAAGGCUGGAGUUCCUCUUCUCUUUAUUAUUCAGAACACUAUGGUGCUGGACAAACCUUCUCCGAAAUCACUGGCAUUUGUUCAAGCCAUGCAGGCAAAUCAGCUUGUUCCAGAGCACCAGAAGCAAAGUAUUGAGCAUCUUAAAGAAGAACAGGGACUAGUAAAGGAGUCUGAAAACAGAAGAAAACGUAAGAGGGCAGGUGGCCCCAAUCCUCUCAGCUGCCUGAAGAAAAAGAAAAAAGGGCAGGAGACCCAACAGCCUUCCGCUGCUAAGAAGAAACGAAAAAGAAAACGAAACCGGGAUAAAUCAGAAGCAAAGGCAGUGUCUGUGCAGCUGAGUGUGAAAGCAUAAAGCCGCCCAUAUAAACCUUACUGGACUUGAAUACAGCUUGGACUUUGUGCAAAGAAAAAAAAUUCUUACAAUUCUAAUAUGAAAAUAAAAGUGUUUAUUUUUAUGAAAUAUUAUAUUCUUCAUUAUAACUUUCACCACCUUUGUAUAUAUCAUCCCAAUAGUAUAACUUGCUCUUUAUUAAUCAGAUAAUUACAAAACCUUUUUUCCCCCUAUAACCACAAGUCUGCCCUCACUGAGCAAUUGGAGAGCUGUUAUGUUGCAAAAUCUGGUAUCUGGAGUGCCCCAAGUAGUGUGACUUUUUUUUAUUAUUAUUAAUUUCUCUGUGCACAGGACUGCUCUCACAUGAACAAAUGGUAUAUAUUAUUCCUAGCCCUGCCUUAGUUGGGAUCCUAAGGAGGGAAGUAUAAAUGAGUUAUAAAUUUUCCUGUAAGGUGUUGUAACAGGAUCUCCUCAAACUGCAUCAGACCGUGCCUGUAUUUCCCACUCUCAUGUAGGUCAGUGUCCAAUUUUCAGGACCGUGCCUCAGUAAAGCUUCUAAUGUCAGUAUUCAUUGCUUUUUCUGUGGGAUACAUUUAUUGUUGAAAAUCAAAUCCAGUUCAAGUUAAAUCAAGAUGGACAAACUACCUGGAUCCUCCUGAGGCCUCUGCCUCAGAGGGCUGCUACCUAUGCAGGAUGUAUACCCCCUGCUAGGUCUUCCACCUGGCUAGUGUGGCUAGUUUCCUUCCAGGUCUUUUCCCUGACCCAGCAUCUCCUGCAGGAGACUUUCCUACUCCUUGCACCUCUCCCCUCAGUUGAGCUGCUCGUUGGUCUCUUUAUCUCACCACUUGGGAGGCAGCUAGUUAGUUACAGGUUAUGCCCAGCUCCCUUCAAGGGGUCAAUCCACCUUUUGACAGUUUUCCUAUACAGCACUAGUGCCUGAAUAGGUCACUUAGGCAAAGGAGAAAUGGUAGGAGCAAGUGUGCAACUUGGUCAUGCUGAAACAUAGUGCCACACAACAAUAGAAGUGAGGUUGUUCAUAGUACGGCACCUCCAGGCCGGAGCUGUGAAACACUUGGCUAGUUGGCAGUGGUGACGGCUGUAUCUUUUUCUGCAGUCUGCCUCAGCCAUCUUGUAAGAUUAUAAACAAAAUAAAAUCAGGCUGCUGAGGGAGCUUGAAAAAAACAUAAUAGGGCACUUCUGCAUCUGUUUCCUGCACAAGUUUGCCUGGGCAAGGAGACAUGGAGACAGUAAAGUGAAACUGACAAGAAGUCUAUUGUGUAGAUCCUGUCAUGCAGUGAAGAAGGAUGCACUAUAAUAUGUAGAUGGAAAUUGUGUUUUUUUUUGUUUUUUUUUUAAAUCUGUUCAGAAUGCUUCUGCCCAACCACAGUGUAAUUUCUAUAAAGAGGGAAAACUUAAAACCAGUUAAGGGUGCUAAAGGGAACACUCCCUUCCUCCACACACUUAGAGGUGAUCUAAGCUAUCAAUUUUAAAUGUAUUUUAGCCCCCACACAUCACAUUCACUAGUUUACUGGCAAAGUCUCAUCUGUAGAUAAAAUGUACUUUCCUAUACAAUAACGCCAUUUCUCACAGUUGCAAAACUUCUGCAAUAUUACCAUGGCUGUUAGAAAGCUGUACAGGUGUAGUAUAUAAAUGUGUUUUCCCACAGGGAAGUAUGAGGACAGAAUUAAGUUUUUGUGUUAUAAGUGCACUUGUUGCCUGUUACUUGAUAAAGUGCCUCAAAAGUGGUAAUAACUCUCAUGGCCUUGUGGGACUUUGACCCCUUCCUUCUGUAGUUCCCUAGGGAUUUCAGAAGGUUUAUAGAAAUUUCCCACAACCCCACUGCUCAUGAGAGAAAUGCCAGGAAAUGUGGGAUAAAUACUUAGCGUACAAUACAACUACAAUGAUGGACUAUGGUAGAUGUGGCCCAAAACUGCCUCUAACAGCAUGGCUUCACCACACCAUUCAAUUCUACAUUGAUACAGGACAUAACCACCCUGUGCAGUGACUGCUGAAGAAUGGAGCAGCAUGGUAGCUUUGAUACUAAUGGUGAAAAAGCCAUGCCUGCAGAAAGUAGUGUAGUUACAAAUUGGGAUGUAACAGUUAAGUCACACCAAUCAUUCUGCCCCUCUGCCUAGCAGUAGUUAGUGUCCUUUCAAUGAUGAGGAGUCUGGGUAUCUUCUCAAUGUGACUUGUGUGUUCAUGCUCUUCACACCAGUCCUUUUACAGAGGCUGUCACAAGCAGCACCAAGGCAAUCACCUCUAAAUGAUUAAUCCAGAGCCAAUGCCUGAUCGCUAGGAAGUAACUGCCCAGAGAAUUGACUCUAGUUAGAUUAAAGCAGACAGCAAGCUUGAUGUGUGCAACAGCUUCCCCUCAAAGAGUCUGCGUCACUAACCUAACAGCACUACACCAUUUCUUCAAAGACUAAAGCUCUGAGAC